AUGCUGCACUCGUCCUUCUGGCAUCACGGCGCCGGUGACCUCGACCUUCCCGCUUGGUGGGCUUCGGUGCUGCAGCCUUCCGAUUCGCAGCCUCACGAUUCCGCCGCGGCCAAUGGCAGGAGUGCCACCGGACAAGAUGGGCUAUUUCUGGACUUUUUAUACCCCGCAAAGACACUGGCUUUGAUGCACCGCCUGUCUAGCUUCGGAUGGGAAAGCUGGCAGGCGCGUCAAGUUCGUGUAGCGACUCCCGGGCGGGCACGACACUUUUCUUCGAAAGCUUCAGGUUCUGGCGACGAGCCCGAUGACCCUGCUCCUCCUUCAAAUGGGGAUCCCUCGAUCCGAUACGAUGCCUUCGGUCCCAUUGAAAACUCCGAUGCCGGUUAUGCGCCAGAUCCUGAGAGUGACGAUUUUUUCGGCGAUAUGCCGGCGGAUGACUUGGCCAAAACCGACUCUGCCGGCUAUCGAGACGACUUGGGCAAACAAUCCGACUCUGCCCGCUAUCUGGAUCACCUGGGCGCAGAAUCCGACUCUGGGUUUUACCUGGACAAAUUGGAGAAAGACAAGGAAUGGGUGCACCAAGUGGAUAAUCCGGCCGAGACACUUCGCUCCCAUCUGGAGGCUGGCGAGAGUGACAGUUCGGUGGUCUGGAACCUAUGGAAGAGAGUCGAUGAGACGAGUCGGACCCCCGACUUAUCCGCUACUGUCCUAGAGUAUCUCAGCUCCGUACGACCAUUUCCUCAGACCCUUGCUAGCGAAGUCAUUGCCAUUUUUGAUGCCCUGGAUGUGAAAGACCGCCGGGCCUCGUCCUACAGGGGUGCGAUCAGAUCACAUCUUUUGAAGCGUAAGCUUGGGAGAGCAGCUCUAAUCCACAAGCAUGGCAUUGAGUCCGGCCAUGCCUUGCGUGGCAACAUCGGCACCUCGGACCUAUUGGCAUUUGCAAUCGCAAAAAAGGAAUGGCAACUAGCAAUCGAGGCGUAUGCAGAAAUCACGUCCGUCGUCAGGCCCAUGCAAGAGUUUUGGGGACAGGCCGAGAAAAACAUGAGGCUUUCCUUUCUUGUCGAGUCGCUCCUGGUCCACUUUCGGAGAAUGCGGCUGAUGACUGGGAGAGAGCUGGAGGAACAGGACCAAAUCCGAACAUUCGCUGCGGAAUUUGGCGCUCAAGCGAUUACACAGUUUGCACCAGAGGCCCGCAGUCCGGCUAGUGGACGUAACUUGUAUCGCCUCAUCAUGAGGCUGAAGCAGAACCGCUCUCUGGAGUCCCGUCAUUUUGAGCGCGCCCUGGAAGGUAUACUAGAAUCGGCAACGAUUAAAAACACUGGAGUACUGUCCCUGGCAGUUCGGAAGCUGUUCCACAUGUAUGUCGCGACUGCAAGGGCCGAUCGCUCCUUUACGGUCAGUGAAAACACACUUUACAAGGUACUUGAGGGCGUCACACGGAGCAUGAAUAUAUCCCACGGAACGAAGGCAAGAGGACAAGGACCGCGCCUGGAUGUCGGCCACGUCACCGAGGCUGCAACCGAAUUCUACAGGCGGCCUUCGAACACCAUGUUGGAGCUGCUUAUGGAGUCUUACGCGCGUAUUGGAGAUGUGAAGAGAGUGAAAUAUCAUUUCAGAAAGAUUCCAGUGCGCCAGCGUAAAAUGUUCCACAAGGAGUACGUCCUCAAGGCAUACGCUGCACGUGGGGAUACUGCUGGCGCUCUUCAAACAUUCAAGGAGAUGACGGCGGAAAUGGACAAGCCUCCGCUUGUCAGAACUUGGAAUGCACUGUUGCGUGCAUAUGCCAAGAAUGACGACCUUGUAGGAGCCAGUCAAGUUUUCGACGAUUUGAUGAAGUCCCCUGCCAAGCCCGACGCAUACAGUUUCACUGCAAUUCUGGAUAUGAUGUCCCAGAGGGGUGACGUCGAUGGCGUCAAAGACAUGUUCGCCUUAGCUGCGGACAUUGAUCCGACCAUCAUCCAAUCGACUGAUGUGGCCGGAUACCUGGUCACGGCUUUCGUCAACAAUGACGAUAUGGAGACUGCAGAAUUGGUUGCUAAGCAACUAAGGCAGCGCCUGGGAUCUGGUCGAAUGGGGGGCGAUUUCAGGCCCAUUUGGAACAUCCUUGCGACUGCCCAUGCUUUACGGCGCGAUGUUGUUUCGACCCGGCGAAUCUACCAAGAGAUGGAAGCAAGCGGCACCGCCCCCGAUGCCAGGACUUACGCUGCGCUGCUACUAGCCUUGUGUCUGACCCGCAACACGGAUUCGGCUUACAAGAUCCUUCAGCUCGUCAUACCCGUCAAACUAACGAAGCCUUUGGCGCUCCACUAUGCCAUUGUCAUGGCCGGCUACAUUAACCAAGGUAGCUAUGAGAAGGUGCCUUUCGUCGACAAUCUUCGUAAAGCGCGAGGCAUUCGCCCCACUACAAGUACCAGAAUGGCUUAUGUCAAGGCUGUGGCUCUGUCAGAACACGCUGGCCGGUAUAAGAAGGACGAGAGCGAGGUAAUGGAGCGUACGAAUAGGGUUGUGAAUGAAAUGCUGUGGAAAGAGAAUCCUUGGGAAUCGGCUUCUGAGCCACAGACUGGCCUUGGCAUCCGCAACCUAGAACAGGCCGGUGGGGCUUACCUUGACAUUGUCAUGCUCCUCCAGGGAGACAGGAAGUCUUUCGACACCGUACAGCAACUCUUCGCCGAGUACUUGAAACAACGAGAAACCCUCAGCAAAAAGGGCGAGUCCAUCGACGGAGACAAGAAAUUCGCGCCUGCCUUGCGAAUGCUGGUUGCUCUCAUGAACGCGCACUUCAAAUCAGAGCUCUACGAUGAAGUGGAGAGGUUGUGGAAUCUCGCGGUGGAGCAAGCCACCAUCUUGACACAGGCACCGCUACCACAGUCAGCCAUCACUCCCGAGUACAAAUAUCCACCUGCCAAUGCCCUUCCGCCUGGGCGUCGCCACUUGCUCGCCCGGCCGCUCGUCAUUUACCUCCGCACCUUGCACUUCCAGGGUCGGUAUGCCGAUGCCCAACGGACCGUCUCAGGCCUGUUGGCUCAAGGCUUCGCGCUGGACAACCUGUCGUGGAACCUGUACAUCCAACUCCUGGCGCGCUCCGGCCGCAUCAGCGCCGCCUUCAGCCUCUGCGAAAAACACCUCAUGCCGCAGUGGCGCGGCUGGCGCACCGACGAAGAACAGCUGCGUCGCCGCUACUGGCGCACGCGCGGCUGGGACUACAUGAACAUUAACCCCAACAAGGCCAAGGCCAAUGUCAACAUGCCCCAGUACCGCACCAUGGUUUUCCUGGCCACCGCCCUGAAGUACGUCAGGCGCUUGGCGGCCAUCGGUGGCGGAAACGCGCUGGGCAACAAGGAAGAAGAGCCGCUGAAUGAGGGGUUGCUGAGAGAGAACGCGCCACGGACCAUGGCUGCGCUGCAGGCGAUGCCGAUGAUUGACGAUGAUCUGCAGACGAGGUUCUUGAGAGAUGAGUGA